AUGGCCACCAACUUCUCGAGUCGCGCCAUCACCAGGCUUGCAUCAACACAAUUGAGACACUCAUCCCCCAGACUCGCCGCUGGCUCCAGAUGCCUGCAGACAUGUCGACAGUACUCCGCCGAGGCCUCUCCGGCAUCACCGCCGCUCCUGGCCAAGAUCAAGACUGAUCUCAAGACUGCGAUGAGGGCGAAAGACGCCGCGCGACUGUCGGUUCUGAGGACAGUCCUGUCCGCAACCAACAACGCCGCCAAGACAUCCUCCCCGAUCAAGACCGACGUGCAGCUCGUACAGCUGCUGAGGAAGACGGCUCGCGGCAACCAAGAAGCGGCCGAGGAGGCUCGGGCAGCUGGCAGGGAGGACCUUAUCGAGAAAGAGGAGGCUCAGGUCAAGAUCAUCGACGAGUACAUCGCGGCCAGCGGGGUGCAGUCCCUCAGCCAGGACGAGAUGAGGGCGAUCGUGGAGAAGGUCCUCUCAGAGGUGAAGAGUGAGGGCGUGGACGACAAGAAGGCUUUCGGCGAGCUCCUCAAGCGAUUGACGACCACAGGCGGCCCCCUUGAUGGCAAAGAAGUCGACCGGAGCGAAAUUGCAAAAAUCGCCAAGGAGCUGACCAAGUAA